AUGAAUUUAUAACCACCAAGUUGAUGGGUUGUUGUCGCACGUCGACACGACAGCGGCAUCGUUUCGCCAGGCGCUCGUGGCUUGGUUAAGAGCCAGCCAGAAAAUCGAUAUUCGCCAUGUCUCUCUCACCCAGAAACUCUGUCUAUAAUGCCGGGCCCCAGCUUCUAAGGGACGUAUGGGGCCUCACAGCUGUUGCUAUCCUCGUCAUAGUCUUGAGGAUCAUCGCCAAACUGCGCAUCGGGAAAUUUGGCGCUGAUGAUAUUCUCAUGAUCUCUGCCUUGUGCUUAGCAGUGAUCGGAUCGAUCAUGAUUACCCUGGCCAUAAAGCUGGGCUUUGGUCAAGAGUUAUCAAGCGUCAACACCCUAAAUGUCUCCAAAAUCAUUAUGUACGAUUAUUUGGCUCAGACCUUUGGUCUCGCGGGCGGAGCUUUGGGCCGAAUAUCGUUCAUCAUCUUCAUCAUUGGCCUUCUCGUGCAGAAGCGAUCCCAAAGAAUUGUUUUGUGGAUCCUCGUCGCCCUGCAAGUUAUUGUUAACUCCAUCUUUAUCAUUAUAUUAUUUGUCCAAUGUCCAGGACAUGCGUCUGCUAUCUGGGACCAUUCUGGAAAGGUGAAAUGUUGGGAUCUACAUGUUCAAGCCUACUACGGGUAUUUUCAGGGAGCUUUCAACUCUGCAACUGAUUUAUAUCUUGCCGUGUUCUCGACAUGUAUAUUUUGGAAUCUGAACGUGAAGGUUCGAGUGAAAGUAGGGCUAGUUGCGUUACUAGGAUUGGGAAUUUUUGCCAUGAUUGCCUCCAUCAUCAAAACCGUCCAGACUCAUGUCCUUGCCAUCUCAGAUAGCGAACCAACAACAGCAACAAUCCAUUACGACCGCUGGAUUUACAUUGAAACAUACUUGCCGAAAAAUAAGCAGCAGGGAUACGCACGAGCUAAGCUCUCGAUAUGCAGUCAGCAGUACACGUUCCAGGAUAAGAAGGAGGGACUCUUCCCUUGA